UCGGGCAGGUGAACCAAAACAUUAGCCAGCAUGGCUGCGGUGGCGGAUGCUGAGGACGAUGGAGAUCAGGCGGAUGUGUUUAUCCCGGGGGGUCGGAGCCAGGCGGAUGAGCCUGACUAUGUAGGACUAGAGUCUAUUGACAGGGCGUGUCUUGAAAUUUACCCUGACCAACCAAACCCCCUUCAAGCUACAGCUGUCGUCAAACUAUGGUUAGGAGGCCCGGACCCUCUGGACUACAUCUCAAUGUACUCUAACCCUGGCGACCCGGAUCGUGCCAUUCUCCCUCACUGGCAUUAUGUCAGCUAUGGCUUCAGUGAUCUCCAUGGCGACAACAGAGUCCAUCCAAUCUCUGGACCGGGUCAGCCGAGUGGGUUUGGAUUUGAGCUGACAUUCAGGUUAAAGAAGGAAGAUGACCAAAGUGCUCCUCCAAUGUGGCCAUCAAACCUUAUGAAUAAACUAGCUACUUAUGUUUUUCAGACAGGAAACGUCUUACAAGUGGGUGACCAUAUACCUUGGCACUGUCCAUUAGAUGGAGGUAGUAACUCGCAAAUACAACAUAUGUUAAUUACCUCGGAUCCACAAAUCGCUGACCUGGACACUCCAUUUGGAUAUCUACAGUUCCGACAGAUUGUCGGUGUAAAGGACGAUGAGCUAAAGGCAGCUCAGAAAUGGAAAGGUGCUGGUGUCCUUGAACUUAUGUGUACGGUCAAAGAGAUCGGUCCUCAUUUCAUCACGGACAUGUCCAGAACACGGUCAAUCUUUGAGAUGGACUCAAACCUGCUGCACCAGGUAACGGCUGGGAUAGAACAGGACGGAUCAAAUCUGGGUCACGUGACAGCUGUCUGUUCCUGGGCGGAAAUUUCGGCAGGGACCGUGUUUGAGCGGGAGGCUGACAUGGUGACACAGACUCCUUCAGGUGAUGUGAUGGACACUGGUGAUGACACAGUCACACUUUGUCCGCCGGAGACUCUCGAGGCGGUACAUCUCAAGUUUGAUGCUGAAGCAGCUGAACUCUUGCCACUAAUUGUCAAAGCUAGACUGCAGAAGGGUCGAUUCUUCGUGUUUCACAAUGCAGAAAACUAUGCAAUACAUUUGAUACCACCAUCUUGCCAGGAAGACAAUCAGUUUGUCAGCCAAGGAGAGCCUCUCAAAGCACAAAGUACAUUCCUACAGAUUUACUGUUCAGAGGCACUCAUCGAAAAAAUGUCACAGGAGUUUGAAAUAUUACAGGAUAAUUCUGAGGAGAACCAGAAUUAUCCAAUCGAGUUCCGGUUUUCCGACCCAACCAUUGUGAUAACAGUAUCACCAAGAGGCCAGCUGUAUUGUGACCUAUGAUGAAAUAGGACAAGUUUUUCAGGUUUUAGAUAUGAAUACUAACUGGCAUUAAACUAUUUGGCCCUAGUUUCUCUACA